UACAGUGUUGUUAUCGUUUCAGGCUGAAAAAAUUUGUGGCAUGGCUAUGGAGUUCGUCGCGUGUCCUGAGGCGUGCAAGGCGCGGCUGGCGUGCGGCCACGCGUGCACUCGCACAUGCCAUGUUAAAAGCGAUCCUGACCAUGAAAUGUACACAUGUGAAAAACCAUGCCGAAAACUUAAAAAAGAUUGCUCAUUUACCGCAGAAGAAAAUAAUGAGGACCAUCUGUGUAAAAAAAAAUGUUAUGAAACGUGUGAUGUUUGCAAAGUGGAGGUAAUGAAAAAGAGACAAAAUUGCAUCCACUCUCAAAAAGUUCCGUGCCAUGUUGAUGUUAACACUAUUUUGUGUCGCAAAAACUGUGCUCGCUUAUUGCCGUGUAAUCAUCACUGUAAGAAGAAGUGCCACGAGCCUUGUGGGGAUUGUGUGAUGCUAGUAGUCAAGAAGAUUCCGGACUGUAAUCACAAAGUAAAGGUGCCAUGCAAUAAGUUCCUUGAUUCCAGCAUGUGCAAAGCAGAAUGCCAACGCGUAAUGUCGUGCGGGCACCCGUGCCAAAGUCUCUGCGGCGAGCCCUGUGACCCAGAAAAUUGCAACCAUUUGAUGAAUUAUGCAGACUAUUCUCCUUGUGGUCAUAAAAUAGCUCUGCCGUGUAAGAUUUACCAGGCAAUACGCUCUGGCGAUAAAGUUGAUUUGCGUGUCUUGCUGAAGCACUGUAAAGCGGCGUGCAAGGCGCGGCUCGAGUGCGGGCACGAGUGCGCGGGCACGUGCGCGGCAUGCUGGCAAGGCCGCCUGCACGCACCCUGCCAGCAGCGCUGCGACAAGCUCAGCAUCUGCGGACACGUAUGCAAGGAGCCGUGUAAUGAAAUAUGUCCACCAUGCGAGAAACUCUGUGAAGUGCGAUGUAAACAUUCGAAUUGUAAUAACAAGUGUGGAAUGCCGUGUACGCCAUGUAAGGAAAAAUGUGACCGUAAAUGUGAACAUGGUGAAUGUACAAAAUUAUGCGGGCAAGUCUGCUCAAUACCCCCCUGCUCCGAGCCUUGUCCGAAAUUGAUGGAAUGCGGCCACCCUUGCCGCGGCCUCUGUAACAACCCUUGUCCCAAUGUGUGUAACAUUUGCAAACCCGACUCAUUUCCCAAAAAUCUAAUUGGAGACGAAUAUGAAGAUGAUGUAAGGUACGUUUUUCUAUUUCUUUUUUUGUAUGGUGGGCCACAGCUGGUUGGAAAUAAGUAAAAACACCAGUUCCUAAA